AUGGAGAACAGCACUGUCCUCGACCAGUGGGCGCACCGCUGCGCCGACGCCUUCCCCGGCGACAACGACGCAUCCUUCGCGGCCCUCCUCUCCCACUCGACACCUCCCGUCGUCGGCGCCGUCGCCUCUCCGGAGUCCCUUGCCUUCCUCCUGCAGCCGCCCCGCCUGGAGUCGAUCGCCGGGGAGCGCGUCCAGAAGAAGCGCAAGUCGCGGUCCUCCAAGCGCUCGCCGAUCACCUACUUCACCGCCGACCCGGCUCACUUCCGCGAGCUUGUCCAGCGAAUCACCGGCGCCCAUCCUCCGGAGACGGCAAGGAGCUUUCCUCUUCCGACGCUCGACGCGUCAUCGUCGUUCGAUCCGGCCGGCUUUAUCCGGCCAACACUUUUCGGAUCAGACCCGCUUGCCGGUGAGUUCGAUCCGUUGCUUUUUGCGUCGGGCUUUCCGACGCCAGAGCUGGAUUCAUGGGGCGGCGAUUUGUGA